CAUCGGGUUGCGCCGAGGGUGUUGGGUUCGAGGGGAUGUCGGGCUGUAUGGUUUUUCAUGCAAGGUUCCCUUGGGUAGUGUGGAAAUAAAAAAAGUUGUUCCGUCACGUUUGCAAUGUUAUGUAAUUAAAAGCGUUAUUGAAGAGGACUUGCUCAAGAUGUUAUGAAUUGCAGUCGGUUGAUGUAGAUGACAAGGUGCAGAAAUAUGACGAGAGUUGUGUACAUUUCUAAAACCGCGUAUGGCCAUGCUCUAAUACUGAAAUGGGGUGGCUUUUUUAAAGUAAAGAUAUGUGAAGUGAAAUGAGAACAACAGUGGUGGAAAAUAGCAUAAAUUAGAUUUUUGACAUACGAUGUACGACUAACGUGGAAUGAAGCUAUUUCAGUUUGGUACCAACAUCAAACUAAUUGAAUGGCAUUUUCCAAAGAGCAAACAUACGACCGUUUAAAAUACUCACCAACAGACGUUUAAGAAUCAAUAAUAUAUACACAAAUCGAUACUAAGUGAAUAAUUUCCUGGAAGGGCAUUCGAAUAAAAUCCGAGUAACAAUAACAUCAACUCCACAAUCCAUUCGCCAUUGCAGGAUAAAAGUGAAAGCAAAUAGUACUCAGCUGAGAAGUGUAUCCGAGUGAAAGUCAAGAAGUGUUAUUAGUCCACGUUAUGUAAACCACAGCGGAAAAGGUAACAAAUUUCGUGUGGCUUUCUGAAGCCGAAGAAAUCGAAUGGAAUGAAACUAGCCCAUUGUGGUGUGUUCUCUGUGACUAUACUAUAUAUGUUUAGUGCGAUUUAGCUUCCUUCGAGAAACAACGGAAAAAACCGAAAUAAGCAUACUCCGCACCAUUCGAACGUCAUAGGAUUUUAUGAGCGGACUCAACCGGUGAGGAAGGGUGUGUGCGGUAAUCGUAGAGUAGCAUAUUUUUCGCCUCAUUCCCACAUCAAUGUUGCACGGGGGGCGGGCGUAAAGAACAGCUCGUUAAGUGAAUAAACAUUGCCUGCUUCCUUGAACAGUAGGAUUAGGUGGGUGGAAUAGGUGGGAAAAUAUUGCUGCACGAUUAUAGCAAUGAAUGCGUUCUGGGUAUACAACUCCCCUUUGGCCGUUAGUUAGUGCUGCUACCGGUGUGCUGUGGGAGGAAACUAUCAGCCAUUUGCACUUACCGUUGGCGCCAUUGCUGGCCCGUUUGUCGGGAAGCGGAAGUUUACUGCUGGGAAAUUCUGGCUGACUCCGACUGAAUGGAGCAGUAUUUUAUGAUCCCUAUAAUGCCAUUUGAUACGUCAUAGUCGUAAAAUUAAACAAUUUAUUCGCUACUUUGCAUAAGUGUUGAACAGGGUGCUCUUGGGCGUUCAGGCGAGAAUAGCCAAGAACUGGUUCUGUUUCGGAAGUGGUGGAAAUAACUAGAACGAGACGAUACAAACCAUGGCAUUACUUCAUAUUUGCUCGACGAGACAUGCCCUCUGAGAAUCGGGACUCGGUGUAUCUUCAAGUGCUCUACAAGUGGUAUGCUGGAAUAGUUUUGCGUGCAGAGUAGGGCAGAGCUUCUUUUGAUAUAUGUGAGUUGUGCUAAGUUUGCAUCGAAAUAGAUCCUAUCACGUGUUAUGCUGCUAUUAAUCAAGCAAAAAUGUUACUUGCUGACAGAAAAUAAUGACUUAAUAGUUGAUAGACGUGCUUGAAGUUCAAGUGUUCCAUUAAGACACUCUAAUGUUCUUGAAGGACGACGAAGUUAUGGACAAAUAAUUGACAGGAUACAAGAAAAUUUGUGUGAAGUGAUCGUGUGGAUAGAUAAUAAGUUAAAUUGACGCUUCGUGUGAUCGUUGUAUCAAACUACUCAAGCUACUAUUGGAUAUCCGAUUUUCAAGCGUAGAUCUGAAGCUCUUCAUUGGUUUAUAAGCAACUCUUUUGCAUUUUUUGUGGUUCCUUUGAUUUGAAGGAAUGAAAAAGCAUUCUAUGUUGCCACAAGUUUUCUGACGAAUGCCUGGUAGAUGGUAAGAGCAGUGACCCGCCCACUUUUGAAUGUUGUCGGGUGAAAUUUUGAACCGAUCGCCAUUGAGCGUGGUGCUGCUACCGCCACCCUCAUUAAUUGACUUUUGUAGAACUAUGGCGGCUAUUGCCACGCUCGCCAAUCAGCAAAAUAUCGAUGAUGACGACAUUUUCCUAGAAAACGGUUUGUUGAGCUACGAAAACCCAAACUAUCACAUGGAUCCGCUCCGAAUGGAACGCAAUUCGCACCUAUACGAGGAGAUCAUCUCCGAACUGCAACAGCAAGGGACACUGCGACCAGCCGGUGCAGUGAACUUGGUUCGAGAUCCUAACCAGAUGCUUGGCAGUAACCGGAAAGGAUAUCUGGACAUUGGCACGAUGGGUGUCGAUUCCAAGGAAGUUGACGGGUCUCCCAAACACAAACAGAAAUUACUGGACGGAUCACCCAACGAAUCUGAAACGCAGAAAGAUGAAAUGUCGGAGAAAGGAGAAAAAACUGAGGAGGAAAUCCAGCACAUAUCCGGAACACUGAAUGCGGAAGAUUUGUACGCGUUGCCAAACAAAAGGAAACAAGAAGUCGGUGAAGUUCCUCCGGAAGAUGAAUUGGACGACGAUGAAGAGGAAGAGAAAGGGAAGCAUGAAGAUAUCGAAGGCAUUGAAGAUAAGGACGAAACGAAGGAUCUUCCCCCUGGAUGGGAAAAGCACGAAGACAAUGGCGGGCCUUACUACUGGCACAUAAAAUCUGGAACGAUCCAACGGGAACCACCGGUAUGGCCCAAAGAACCACCGACAAAGGAUAAUAAAACUACAAUCGUACCGACACCCCGUUGCAUACAGAAUUCGAUGUUUUCGCAAACACUGGCCAAUCUCUACGGUACUCCCAAGCCGGAAUCAAGUUCAGCAUCGUCCAGCAGCGGCCGGUUGCACGAUAAUAUUUCAUCCGUUACCCGUAGCAGCACUAGCUCGGCCCUGGACCAGGAAGAUGAACGGCGACGGAGGGAGGAUAUUGCAUUAAAACGCCGUAGCUUUCCACUCAAGUCGGAUUCCGAAAGGCCAAUUCGCUUCGCGGUACGGUCGCUUGGUUGGGUUGAAAUAGCCGAAGAAGAUUUAACGCCUGAGCGAUCCUCCAAAGCGGUAAACAAAUGCAUCGUGGAUCUUUCGCUGGGUAGGAACGAGUUGCUGGACGUUGUUGGCAGAUGGGGUGAUGGAAAAGAUUUGUUCAUGGACUUAGACGAAGGUGCUUUAAAAUUAAUUGAUCCUGAGACGCUGACAAUACUGAACUCACAACCGAUUCAUACGAUUCGUGUGUGGGGUGUUGGCAGGGACAAUGGAAGAGAUUUUGCUUACGUAGCGCGAGAUCGACUCACCCGGAUCCACAUGUGUCACGUAUUCCGAUGUGAUACGGCCGCCAGGACGAUUGCCAAUACGUUAAGAGAUAUCUGCAAACGGAUAAUGAUUGAACGAUCCCUCCAGCUCGAUACCAACAGUUCCAGCUUUAGCAGCUCGCGCUGUGCAAUACGUCCCACGGAUCUGCCGACCGAAAAUCGCCGAUGGAUCCGACAUCGUGAGACUCGUUGUUUUUAUUACGUUGAACUUCUUCCUACAUCAACUUUCUUCAUAGCAGCCUCCUUUCCGACGCCGAUGGAAGAACCGAAAAAGGUGCUCAAAGCUCAGUAUCUCGGUUCGCUGGAGGUGAACCAGCCAACCGGCAUGGAUGCGUUGAACGACGCCAUCGAUAAGGUGGUAGCCGGUAGCUCCGUGGAGAACUGGGAGAGCGUUAACGUUUCGGUGGCGCCCAGUAUGAUUAGUGUUAACACCUCGGAUCCGGAAGCGCGGCUGUUGUGCGAAUGUCGUGUGAGGUAUCUCAGUUUUCUAGGAAUCGGAAGAAAUGUCAAAUGCUGUGCAUUUAUUAUGCAUACUGCGCAGGAUAAAUUUUUGGCACAUGUGUUUCAUUGCGAACCGUCCAGCGGAGCACUGUGUAAGACGAUAGAGGCUGCAUGCAAGCUUCGAUACCAAAAAUGUCUCGAUGCUCAUCCGGAGGGGAGUGGUCGCUACUCGGCUGAUUCACACACGCCCGGAAAGGGAAUUGGUGCGACUUUAAAAAACUUGAUGAGCUCGUUCUCACUUAAAAAGGAUAAGGCCAGCUCCUGAGAACGAGCUAAAUCACUGCAGUAAAUCAAGCCCCCGAUUGUAAUUUAGGAAAUCUGGCCACAAGCCCCGGAACGGGAGGUAAUUCCCCAUCGGCACCUGCAGUCGCCGCUGAUAAACAAAAAAAUCUUCGAGUAUCCCAACAGUCCGUAGCAUUUGAUGCUGCCAGUAGCCUGGCAAAAAACUGCACUCUCCACCAGCGUUAGUCGUAAACCAUCCCUAUCCAUUGCAUCGGCCGCAUCCACGGUGCUGUCAACGGAAUCGAUCCUCACAGCAGAGUCACACAUUUACAGUCAUCGUGCCGCAAUCGUCGUAGCUGCAGCCAGAAACAGUAAUCAUCUUAGUACUAGUACUGCUACCACCACUACUGCUACCAAUACCAGUAGAGCUAGUUGUGAUAGUGACAAAAUUAUUGAUAGUAUUACCAACAGCACUACCAAAACCACCAAUAGAUGCACUACCAGCGCCGUAGCGUCGAUGACUCCAUCGUUGCUGCUAUCGUCGGCGGAGCAUCAAACGGAACAUCGGGAACUACCAUCGAUGGACCGAUUGGGUGAUCACCGCGGUGACGAUGAUGCAAGUGAUUAUAGUCAUAAUAGUAAGCUGAAUUGUGUGAUAGAAGAAAGCUUAUAAUUGUGUGUUGAUAUUGGUUUGAUUUGAUUUGUACGACGGCUGUAUUUUGCUGCCGCAGUAAAAGGCUCAACAGGGUGUUUGCACAUAUAUAUUGGACUAAGCUUUCGUUGGAGAAUUGAGUUUGGCCAGCGGCCAACUGUGGAUUGAUAAGUUGGUCAUUCACGUAGUAGCAAGCUGUCUGGGAGAUUGUACGAAGCAAUCGGUUACCUAUGAAUUGGAUGAUUUGGUGGCACACGUUUUUAAAAAGGCAAAUUUGGCAAUUUAGUCAAGAUAUAUACAUCACUAGUAGCUGUGAACUAUUUAUACUAUCGCUUACUUUUUAUGAAUUGAUUUCAUUCGGAGAGAGAUCUGUUUCUUGGAAAAAAUUGUUUGGUGGAACUGAUGCAGUUUUUCGUUGAAAUCUGCAAAACAUACUAGUUAAAUAUGAAUACAUUCCAAAUGAACACGAUUGCUUGGAUAUACUUGGGUAUUAGCCUAGUACCCCAAAAAAGAGGUAAAAGAAUUAUUGGUCAUAUUUUGUUCAUAUCAAAACUUCUCAAAGUCAGUACCUUUAUUAAUUCGUCCAUAUAUUGUCAGUUAAGAUAAAAUACAUGAGUUGUUCAUAGUAGAUCCAAAGACUGUAUCUGAAAAAGGUAGAAUAUCUGAAUUUUUAAAACUUUCCGAGAAUGAAACAGUUUUUUAUUACUUGCAAUGAAAUAACAUUUCCGAUUGACUGAGAUUUCUAGUACCAACUCUCUUUGAUGUGUCCCGAUACUACGGUACUGGUAUGGUAUGGUUGCGACAGGAGCCGCAAAACGAAAGGAAGACAGUUUUGAACGUUUAGUUUUAUCUUUAAUAUUUCCUGUCCGCACCAGUACCAGUAUCCUCUCCACGUGCCUGGUAGAAGUUUUCCCAGGUUUUCGACAGAAAAAAAAUUCGCGGGAUUUUUCCUGAGAACUUAGUUAAAAGAAACCGUGUCUUUCUUUCGUGGAAAGGAGAACGCUGAACUCUUCUUUGGAUUUAUUCACAUGUGGUUCUUGCUAUACCAACCAACAAAAACUGGAAACUGAUUUUGAAGAAAGUUUCAAUCUUCAAUUAAGCGAAUCAGACGAAAUACCUGGAGAUCGCAAAGAACAGUGGUGAAGUCUUCUGCACUAGAUGUACAUCAUUGAAGCGCAACAAAAAUAUCAACGGUCCGAGAUGCCUUUCUUGCGGUAUGCUUGAAGUAGAAGUAAACGAAGGGUGUUUAGCAAUCUUUUUCCCUAGAUCUGUCGGGUAGGACCGAAAGUACUACAAAAAUUAUCGUUGAUUCCAAAUUCCUGCGUUUUAGCAAAAUUAUUAUAAAAUGGUUCAUUUUAUCAAAAGCGGUGUAUAGGUUAGGUAAAUAACAUCAGCAUGAAUGCGACGUUCCAUGGUAUCUGUUAUGUGCGAUAUUGUUGGGCUUUAGGCACAGAAUGUUAGUGCUAUCGAACGUGCAGACGUGGGGCAGUGCUGAUAAUCACUUAGUUAUUGCUGAGAGUAAGCCUGAAGAGGUUCGAUGAUGAACAGCUCAAACAACUUCGAGAUUGCACUCAACGACGUUAUUCCAGGAUUGUUAGUUAUGCCUCCCUUAUUUCCCGUUUUAUACUGAAACCGCAUUCGCAGAUUUCCAGCAAAAUGGAAAAAAAUCCACUGAAAAGAGAUGCUCAAAAGAUUGAAAUAUACAGCGUCACUGUAACUUUUCAGAAGUAGUAAGGGAACUCUCUUGGAUACCGAAUUGAAAGGCGAUUGAAGCCAAGAAAAAGCUCUGGUGAUUAACGUCUCAUCAACAUCGAUAGCUGCCAGAGUUCGGGUCAGGACCGGAACCGGUUCGAUUUGCUCUUACAAACUAAAUGCAAUUUCCGUCUUGUGUUAUUCAACUGUCAAAACUAUCCAUCUUUGAAAUUAGGCAUUCAAAAUGUAAAAAUGGCGAAAUUUAAAUGAAUAGAAAAAAAAGUUAAUCGGUGCAGCGAAUUUAUCCGGCAUAGCUGGCAGAAGUUUGUAUAGUUGAAUGCUAUUCUAUAGUAAAUUUAGCAAAGACCCACAGAAUUUAUUUUUUGACUUAGAAGAGAAAACCCAGGACAAAUUAAGCAUCUUUUAUCGAUGUCCCAAAAUACCACGACCGUCAGUUAAAACCAGGACAUGUCCUGGGUCACCAGGAUGGCUGGUCAACCUAACCAGUACCGUGUUUACACAUCGACACAUUGGGUCGGGGCCAAGGGCCCUGGGAUUUCGGGGCCCCGCACUGAUGAUGCAUAUUAAUCCAUACUAAUGCCUGUGUUCGAAAAACGGCACACUCUAACAUUUGUAACUCCUCAGUGCGUUGCUAAAAGUGGCAGAAAUUUGAAUUGAAAGUCACUUACAGUUUAAAAGUUUUUAUUGUUAUUGUUUCAUCAAUAUUCCAAUGGCUCUUAUCGAUGAAUUGGUAGCAGAGCAGUUCGCAGUCGAACAUUGAUUCGUAUCCCGUUCAAAGAGACAACCAAACCAAUCGUUGCUCAAACAUAAUAAAUCAGUACCAAAUAAUCGAGUAUCGGAAACAGAAUUAUCGGCUCCGUACUAGUAUCGCAGCGUUCCAAGAAACCACCUUAAACACAUCACGGAAUACGAAGAUUUUUUCUGCUCUAGACAACGUUAAAAUGGUGGAUGGUAAACUCCUUGGCACUUCAUCCUCAAACAACGUCAUGCAACUAUGAGGGUCAGAUUAGCACAUGUUAAUUUUGUCAGGUUAUUGUUACAUUAUACAAACGUUAUUAGGCGAAACGCCAUGCAAUAUCUUGUAUUUCUAACCUUCAAAUGUCCUGUUUUUUCCAAUUGUCAUUACAAUGUCUCCUUUUCAAAAUCUUCUCUAUGAUUUGAUGCUUCAUCAUUUUAAUCACCACACGGAAAAAAAUCCGUUCAUAAAUUCAUGAACAAAAGAUCACGAUUUCGUGAACUGAACGAUUUAUGAAAAUCGUGACCUAGUUCCUGAAAUUGUGAAUAAUAAAAAUCGUAUUCAUGAAACUAUUUGUGUUUCCAAAAAAAAAACUAGUUCGCUCCGAAUAUAUACAUGGCGUUACAUUCGAAUGUUGUUGUUCCCUGGACAUGUUUAGUUUUUGUUGUGAUUCUUGUUUAUAAUUUGAGAAUGCACAGCCUCCAGUCACGUGAUAUUCAUGAUUUCAGGAGCUUCUUCGUGAUUUUUCUGAUUUCUUAUCACGUUACCUUGCUAUUUUAUUCAUGAGUUUUCUAUGGGAUUUUUCUGUCAACCUGUCAACCGCGAAUUUCGUAAUUUCUAUUUACGUUAUCGUCAUAUUUUAGUCAAGAGUGGAUUGAUUCAUGUUCAUGGUUUCAGGAUCUUAGUUGCGAUUUUUGACAAUUUAUAAACGCAUAAUGUGAUUUAUGUUCAUGGUUUCAGGAACUUUGUCAUGAUUUUCGUAAUUUCCAUGCACGUUAUCGUCAUAUUUUACUCAUGAAUUCAGCUUCAUAGUUAUGUGACCCAUGUUCAUUCUGUGAAAUAUAUCAUGAACACGAUUUAUGGUACUCAACGCAGUUUUCGUUUUCAUCACACUGAACCUUACCAAAUGAAUAACGAUGUUCGAGGUCCUAAUAGUUUUCUCAUAUCUGCUGCUCGUACCUAUUGCUGGUCACUAGCAGCUGGACAUUUCAUGAAAAAGUGCCUAAAACAAAAAUGAUUUUACGAAUAAUACUCCAAAUUUUGUGAAAUAGUUCACGCGAAAAUUUUAUUACCAUUUUGCAUGAAAUUAAAAACAAUUAGAAAUAUAUUCUAAAUAUUACAAGCGCAUAAAAUAGAUCCUAAAACAUGUGCUAGAAAUCAUGAACUGUUUCACGAAUCUAUGAAUAAUAGUUCAUGAUUUUAUUGACUAUUUGACGAGCACGAAUGGUCAGACGUAACUAUUAUACUAGGUAUCAUGAACCAGUUCACGAAUACAUGAAAAAUAUUUUGUGAACUGUUUCACGAGCGCGGAAAUUGGAUCGUGAAUAAUAUAUUAGAAAUCAUGAACCAGCUCACGAAUACAUUAAUAAUAUGUGAUGAUUUCGUGAACUAUUUCAUGAGCACGGAUGGUAAGUCGUGGCUAUUACACUAGGAUUCACAAACUAGUUCACGUAUAGAUGAAUAUUUUAUAGUUUUGUGAUUUAUUUCGUCGUGUCUAUUAUACUAGGAAUCAUGAACCAGUUCAUGAAUUCAUAAAUAAUGUUUCAUGAUUUUGUGAACUAUUUCCACGAUCACGGAUAUCGGAUCGUGACUAAUGUAUUAGGAAUCAUGAAUUAGUUCACGUGGAUUGAACGGAUUCAUGAAUAAAAUUCCGAGUCUGGUGAAAAAGUUCAUGAUAAAAUAUCCAUAAUGUUUUGAUUUUGUGAACUAACGUUCCUAAAUGUAUGAAUAAUAUCAUUCGUGAACCUUUGGUUUUAUGAAUAAUGUUCAUAAAGUUGUGAACUAGUUAACGUACAGAAAAUCGAUUUGGUAGUGACAGGGCGGAAACUGUGACUAAAGUUCACAAAAGCGAAUACGCAGCCGACAGUCAAACCUUAUUUAUGAUUUUUGUUAUUUUUCAUCAGGUUAGCGUGCUAUUUUAUUCCUGAGUUUACUAUUGGAAUUUUUCUAUCAAAUUAUCAGGGUUUAUGUUCAUAAUUUCGGGAUCUUAGUCGCGAUUUUCGUAAUUCCUAUUCACGUUUUUGUAAUAUUUUAGUGAGAAGUAGCAUGAUCCAUCUUCAUGAUUUCAGGAUUUUAGUAACGGUUUUUGAUAUUUUAAUCACUAGUAAUGUGAUUUAUGUUUAUGAUUUCAGGAACUUUGUCAUAAUUUUCAUAAUUUCUUUUUACCUUGUCGUUAUAUUUUAGUCACGAAUAGAGCUUUAUGUUUAUUUUUGUUCAUGAUAUCAGGAUCCUAGUAACGAGUUUUAAAAUUUUUGUCACGAAUUGUGUAAUUUGUGUUUAUGAUUUCAGGUUCUUAAUCGUGAUUUUUGUAACUUCUGUUCACGUUAUCGUGAUAUUUUGUUCUAGAGCUUACAUUCGAAUUAGACACGAGGAGAGCAAUGUGGCUCAUGGUGUCAGCAGUUUUAUCAUGGUAUUCGUCAUUUCUCUUCACCUUAUCGCGAUCUGUUAUUUUUAGUUACUAUCGGUUUUUUGCUCGGAGUAACGUGACAAUAUGAACUGGAUCUAAAAAGUUUCAUGAUAUAUUAAUUUGUGAACUUUAUCUUGAAUGAGAUUUUUGAUGCUCAACGUAGUUUUCGUUUUCAGUCCAGAUAUCACACUGAUCCUUAUCAAAUGAAUAACGAUGCUCGAGGUACUAAUAAUUUUCUUAUAUCUAUUACUCGUACCCAUAACUGGUCGCUAGCAGCUGGACAUUUCACGAAAAAGUGCAUGGAACAAAAAUGAUUCCACGAAUAAAUUUUGUGAAAUAGUUUACAUAAAAAUUUCUUUAUCUUGUUGCAUAAACUUGAAAAUAGUUAGGGAUAACUUCUAAAUAUCACGCAAAAUAGAUCAUAAAUCAUGUACUAGGAGUCAUGAACCAGUUCACGAAUACAUGAAUAAUGUUUUACAUGAAUAAUAAUUUUGCAAAUUAUUUUACGAUAUUGGGUCGUGACUAAUAUAUUAGGAACCAUGAAUUAGUUCACGAGGAUUGAAUGGAUUCAUGAAUAAAAUUCCGAGUUUCGUGAAAUAUUUGACGAGAAAAUAUCCGGAAUGUUUUGAUUUUGUGAACUAAUGUUCUUAUUUCUAUGAAUAACAUCUAUCUAGUUUGUGGGUCUGGAUCACUAAUGAUCAAUCAAAGCAGCUUUGACAACAUUUACCACGUAUGACGGUCCAUGAUGCCUCCGCCAAGCUCCUAAGCUAAUAUCACACUUAUUCCCCAGUGAUUUUUACAAACUUGAUUUCGAAUGAAAGAUACCAGUAAUGCCAUUGACUGCUGCUUAAGCUCGGAGCCCGUAAAAUCCAGGGGCCUCUGACCUUGGACCAAUGUGCCCAUGCGUAAAGGCGGUACUGCAUAUAAUGCACUUGAAAUAGGGAUUUGUAUUUCUGAGAACAUCCUCGAGUAUAUCCAAGUUACCGUGUAUGAAUAGUUCUUUCUGUUUGCUACUUCGAAUAGUAGGUUGAACGUUUCUGAAUAAUCCAAGAGGUAAGCAAGUUCGACAAUUUCAGAUGUGCAUAGUGCAUUUAUUAACAAAGAAAAGACGUGCUUUAGGCUACUAUGUUCUUUGUCCAAUGCAGGCAAAUGUUUUUUGUUUUGUUUAUUAUAACGUCUAUAUAGGUUUGAUGUUUUUUGGUUUUUAUAUGAACUCUGUCGUUCGAGAAUGUGAGUGUAGAUGGUAUUUAGAAAACUGCUGAAACACAACUAGCAUUAUAGAUAAAUAUAGUCAAACAUUGUACACUGUUACGUGCUUUUGUUAGAACCAUCCAACACGAAAGGAUACAUAUCCAACAUUUUCUAUAGAAUAAAAUGGUUCAAUGGAAAUAUUUUUUUCAAAAUCAUUUUCCAACUCACUCCAAGAACUACGUUUACAAAUGAUCCAUAUUAGUAUCAAAUAUGUUUCAAGCAUACCAUUAUGUUGCAGUUGCAUUUGUUUAGUUGUCUACUAGUUAAUUGUACCCAGCGAUUUAAGUUUAGAGUGCCGGACCAAUUCUCACUUCUACUUCAGGAAUUAUACAAGUAAAAGAAAAUGUACAUUUUCUGUGAGCUCAAGCUAUUUACACACCGAAAAGCAAACCAUUGCCACAGUGGAUCCUUCGUGGAUGAAUAUGACCACAUAUACAAACAGAAAUGGAGCUAUCGUGCAAAGAGUAACAAUCGUUUAAGUGCUUGAAACCAACAUGUUUUAGAAUGCAGCUUAUUUUUGUUCGUUUCCCAAGGCAGAGUUUUCUUUGUGAAAAUAAAGCCAAACUUCAAAUAUUUACAUAGAGAAACACUACAAACACUUGGUUUAUGAAACUACCGAUCCACUUGGAAAUUGUUCCAGAACAGGUCAGCUGUACCAAUCUAUGAAUAUGACAAACUCUCAUACAAAAUCAAUACUAAAAAACAUAGAAAUCAAUUAUUGAUAUACAAUGUGGCAAACAGCGAAGGCAUUCGCUUUGUAACUGAAUCACAAGAAAAAUUAGCAACAAAAUGCAGUGCACUAAAAGCUGAACAAAAAAUAAAACGUUCUCACAUUCACGCUAACUGCAUCCAAUCGUAUGUAUGUAAAUAAUCGAAAAGAAAAGUUUCCAUAAAUAUUUCUUGCCUUCAACCAAAAAAAGUGUAUUCAGAAAAAAUAUAUGAAAAAAAACUAGCUGAAACAAAACAGUAUAUUUAUAAAAAAAUGUAUUAUUUUUUAUCUAGGAGCUUUUGUGACAAAUUACUGGAAAAAAGCCAUGAAUGUGAAACUUGAAGAAGAGCUAUUUAUAUUCGCCUGAAGCAAAAUAGUUGAAAGCAGCUGCACAUAGUGAUAUUAUUUUUCGAUUGCUUCAUUAAACGAAGGUGGUUUUAAGUUUCAUUUCUGGCAAGCCGGACACUGCAUAAGUUGACAGGAGCAACUGAGUGAAGUUUGAAGGUUGCAAACAUUUCGAAAUACCUAAUGAGCAAAACUAAAAAAAAACAAAACAACAGAAAACUGCAAUGUUAGAUUAAAACGCAUCCAAUGCCACAAAAGCGAAAAUGAAUGGCUGAAAAAAAGAAAAGAAAACCGCUAAAGAUAAGGCAAAGCAAACAGCAUAAACUAAUCUUACCAACAAUAACCAAACUAUGGCUUGCUUUUCGCACUCGUGCACAAUUGUACUCAGAAUAAACGACAAAAUACAAACAAAACCGUUCGUAAUAAAAGCUGCUGCAGCAAAUGGCUUGAAGUGAAAUAAUAACAACUAAAGUUUAAUGUAAGCAAAUAAUAUGUAUAGAAAUUGCUUUGUUGCUAGGGAAACGGGAUGGCGGAAAAGCCAGCUGAAAACAGUUUUUUGUAGAUCAUGCUUCGAAGAAUCACUACGGAAAAGGUUAUUUCCAGUAGCUGUAGAUCAGCUAGACAGUGCUAAUAUGUGGCAAUUUCGUAAUUGACCAGAAGCAGGGGGGAAAUCCACUAUAGACUGUUUUCAGCCUAAACUCAGUGAGUUGUAAGCAAAGCACGUUCAAUGGAAGGUACAACUUGAUCGUUGUAAAACAAAAAUGGAAAAAUCAGAAUCAAGAAAUGACUGCAUCGCUUUUGAUUACUAUGUAAAAUUGUAUAAAAAUAAAUGAAAAAUCUGGAAGAAACAAAA